AUGGCGAACUUGCGCGAGCGGCUGAAGGACAGGCUGAAGGGCCUGGGGGGCCCCAGCGACGCUCUGGAGAGGCAGAUGUCGGGGCUGCUUGAGCGGGCGACCUCAGAGAUGUGGAUCUCCCCGGACUGGGGCCUCAACAUGGAGCUCGUGGACCUUGUGAACACCCACCAGGGGGCGCCGACCUACGAGAAGCUCUUCCGGGUGAUCCGCCGGCGCCUGGCGCGGAGCAACCCCAAGGUGCAGCUGCUGGUGCUGACUGUGCUGGAGACGUGCGUGAAGAACUGUGGGGCCCGCAUGCACGCCGCGCUGGCGUCCUCCGACCUGUGGGGCGACGUGGUGCGCCUGGGCGACCCCAAGCGCCGCGUGGACCUGGAGGUGCAAGACAGGGUGCUGGUGAUGGUCGAGGACUUCGCCCACAGCCUGCGGCCGCAUGAGUUCCAGAGGGCGGUGCUGGAUUUGAGGGACGCCGGUGUGCGCUUCCCGGAGCGGCCGGCCGGCGAAAUUGGCCUGGGGAUCGACCCUGAGCCCACGGCGGCGGCUCAGGCUGUCGGCGGGGUCACGGAGGCCGACCAGGCCGCGAUCCAGGAGGCGCUGAGGGACCUGGAGAGGGCGGAAACGGCCAGGAGGAGCGGGGGGGCGCCCGGGGGCCAGCCGCCGGCAGUGCUGGCAUCCGCGCCGGCCGGCCCGGCGCAGGAGGACCUGGAGCUGGCGCGUAACGCGGUGGAUUUGUUUGUCGAGGCGCUGGACUCGAUCCCGCCGUCCGACCUGGGCGCCGUGCGCCAGGAGUUCAUCGCCGACCUGGCGUCGCAGUGCGAGGGCGCCCGGCCGAGGCUGAUGCGCGUGAUCAACGGCGCCGGGGAUGGCGACGAUUUGGGCACUGCGCUGGCCGUGAUGGACGACCUCAACCGCGCGCAUGCGCGCUACGAGGAGCUUCGCCAAUCUGCCGACGCCCCCCGGGAUGCGCCUGCCCAGUCGGCGCCUGGCCUGCUGCCAGCGCUGGUGACCGACCACACGGUGGCUGAGCACCAGCAGCGGGGCAGGGCCCCCGCUGCUGCACCGGACGUGCUCUCCGGGCUGGCCGCAUCGCCCACGAGCGCGGACUCCUCGUCCACGGCGCACGACGCGUUUUCGAUGCUGGCCGCCGAAGGGGUGGGUCGGCCGGCGCCCGUGGGCGUCCGGCCCCGGCAGGUCGUGGCGGACGGAUUUGAUGAGCUGGUGAUCGCGCGGAGCCCCACCGCGAGGGGGGGCCCCCAGCCGGGAUCGCCGCCCCGGCUGCAGCCACCGCCGCAGCAGCAGCCGGCGCCCGACCAGACCGGGGACCUGAUCAGUUUGUGA